CCUGGUCGUCCUCUGCAGGCCUGCUGCUCUCUGCUGCAGAGAGGGGCUGCGUGACGUCAGUGAAGGCUGGAGCGGUUCCUUGGUUGGAGCGGAGGAAAAAAAAUGGGGAGAAGAUUGCUAGGACCUCAGCCAGGGGAACCACCGAAGAUGAAGUGAAAAGAGCAGCUGAAUGUAGCCACUAUGUGUGGUCAUGUGACUGAGCUGGGCUCUGCCAUUGCACGCAGGAUUUCUGUUCCUCCAGCUGACGACCCCUAGUUGUUCUGUUUUCACCAUGAGAGGAUCCGUCAAGUGCUUGACCUUUGUGCCCUCAUACUGGCGCUACCGUUGUGUUGCGUGAGCGCCUCCUCCCCUCCAGCAGUUAUUGCACGGAAUGGCCUCUCUGGACCUGCCAUACCGCUGUCCUCGCUGCGGGGAGCACAAGCGCUUCCGAAGCCUGUCGUCCUUGCGCGCCCACCUGGAGUACAACCACACGUACGAGACCCUCUACGUCCUUUCCAAAUCCAACAGUGUAUGCGACGCCGCUGCUCUGCUGCCCCUAGUGGCUGAGGGAGCUCUCCUCACGCCUGCCAACAACAACGACCCCUUUGAGCCGCUACGGCCUUCAGCUUUAAAGGAGCGACGCUUCCCUUGCCGUGAGCUUCCUUGUGCGGACGACCUUAGUUUGACGCCGGCUAGCUCCAACACUGCAGCUCGAUAUAUUCCCAAUGUGGAGUUUCCCCUGGGGGAGAUUUUUAUGAAGAAAGCCAUGACAUCCGCAGACCCCGGUCCCCAUGGAAACCCCAGCACCGCUGUAGCAGUGGCAGCUAAUGUAGCAGCUAGUGCAGUGGAAGCAGCCUAUGAGGAAGGCCUGGCCAGGCUGAAGGCGCGGGCGUUUGAACGGCUGGAGCUGGAUGAGAGGCUGGAGAAGCUGUCUGAAGAGGUGGAGCAGAAAAUAGCGGCCCGUGUAGGCCGCCUUCAGGCAGAGCUGGAGAGGAAGAGCUCCGAACUGGAGCGGGCCAAGCAGGAGAGCGAGCAGCUGAGCCAGGAGAAACAAGACCUGGAGGACAAGGCCUCCGAGCUCUCUCGGCAGGUGGACGUCUCUGUGGAAAUGCUAGCUAACCUCAAACAGGACUUGGUGAACAAGGAGGCGGAGCUCAACCACAAACAGCAGGAGGUCGCCCAGAUUGACCAGUUCCUGCAGGAGACGGCGGCACGUGAAGCCAACGCUAAGGUACGCCUGCAGCAGUUUAUUGAGGAGCUGCUGGACCGAGCCGACCGCGCCGAAAAACAGCUGCAGAUCAUCAGCAGCUGUGGCACCACGCCGAAUGGCAGCCUGGGACGCUGCAGUCUUCAGGCCUCAAAGGGCAACGGACGCCAGAGAAACUCCAGCCUCUCCGGGAGCACGAGGGGCAUGUACCAAGUGUCAGACCGACGUUCCUCCCCCAGCACAGGAGCAUCAGGGCGAAUCAAGUCCGUCUCACAGGGCUCUGGUGGUUACGAUAGUGACAGCGUGGAGAUGCAUCCUAUGGAGGAUUGUCCCGAGGCUCAGUACUAUCACAUGCAGUGCCGGCUGGGCGAGGGGGGUUACGAGCGCUCACCCGGAUGCGGCGGUGGAGGAUCGAGAAACUGGGGUCUCCGUAAACAGGCCAUCCAGAACUGGCAGCGGCGACCUUACAGGAACAGCACUGAAGGCGAGGAGGGAGACGUGUCAGACGUGGGCUCCCGGACCACCGAGUCUGAAGUGGAGAUGUGGGAGCAAGAGAGGAGAGCUGUGGCUGAAGUCCAGCAGUCUGCCGCCCCCUAUCCUCACCACAGCAGGGCCGGAUAUCGCCCUAAUGCAGGUCGAUCAGAAGGAGGCUACAACAAGCCCUGCCGUCAUGAGAAGAGCCCAUCCAAAUCCAACGAGGUGAUCAGUCCGGAGAUCCUGAAGAUGCGUGCCGCUCUCUUCUGCAUCUUCACCUACCUGGACACUAAAACCCUGCUGAGAACUGCUGAGGUUUGCCGCAACUGGAGGUUUGUGGCUCGUCACCCAGCCGUCUGGACCAGAGUUCUGCUGGAGAACGCUCGCAUCUCUUCCAAGUUCCUGGGCACACUGUCUCAGUGGUGCACUCAGACGCACUCACUCAUCCUGCAAAACCUCAAACCACGACAGCGUGGCAAGAAGGAAACCAAGGAGGACUACCUUAAAAGCACACGUGGCUGUCUGGAGGAGGGUCUGGAGGCGUUGCUAAAGGCCACAGGAAGUAACCUACUGAUACUAAAGAUUUCUCACUGCCCCAACCUGCUGACUGACCGCUCCCUCUGGCUGGCCAGCUGCUACUGCCGAGCUCUGCAGGCUGUAACUUACAGGAGCGCCACAGACCCAGUUGGCCAGGAGGUGAUCUGGGCCCUCGGAGCAGGUUGUAGAGACAUUAUCUCUCUACAGGUGGCACCACUACACCCAUGCCAGCAACCUGCUCGGUUCAGUAACCGAUGCCUGCAGACCAUUGGACGAUGUUGGCCACACCUCCGUGCUCUCGGUGUAGGUGGGGCCGGAUGUGGCAUUCAGGGGCUGGCCUCACUGGCGAGGAAUUGCAUGCGCCUGCAGGUGCUGGAGUUGGAUCAUGUGAGUGAAAUCAACCAGGAGGUGGCAGCAGAGGUUUGCAGAGAGGGCCUGAAAGGCCUGGAGAUGCUGGUGCUCACCUCCACACCCGUCACCCCCAAAGCCCUGCUCCACUUCAACAGUGUGUGCCGCAACCUGAAAUCCAUCGUGGUUCAGAUCGGUAUAGAGGACUACUUUGAGGACCCCAACAGCCCUGAAGCCAGAAAACUGUUUGAUGAAAUGGUUAACAAGCUGCAGGCUCUGAAGAAGAGACCAGGCUUCUCCAAAAUCCUCCACGUGAAAGCAGACAGUCUCUGCUAACAUCUUUCGUGCAGAUUCUUCAAGUCUUGGAGAGGCGCCAUUCGGCUCCAGUCAAUCAAAAAGACCCAGCUGUUUUGGGCCCACUCCAUUGGGUUGAAUAACAUCUGCAGCACUCACAGAAACCACGGAAGAACGCCACAAUGAUGAACCAGGACCUGAGGCUCAAUGUGCAUACUACACAGGGACAAACUUGAAACAGAAAAACUCAUUCACUGCUCCAGGAGUGGAAAUCAGUAUCUCUUAUGUAUUGGUAAUGACAUAAAACCAGUUUGGGAGCUUAUUCGGACUGCAAACACUUCAACAAAGGCACUAUAUAUUCGAUGAAGGGCCUGUCUCAAACUGUACUCAACAAAACUGUCAGACAUCCUCUUUCUCAGUCGUCUUUUGUUUUCAAAAGUGGAUCGUGUCGUCGCACAGAGCCAGACCGCUUUCUUGAAAUGCCUGGAGCCAGGUGACAGCGCUGUAUUUAACUGUCUGACUCUAUAUAAAUGCUUGACGUAUACCUGAGACCUUCAGCACCAAGUGCUCGUGGGCAGCAGCACAUUAUACGGCGUACAUACUUUCCACUUUGAAGGAGAUUUAAAUGAUUGCAAGGAAUUGUUGAGAAGUUGAAUUUCUUAAGAGAUCUUGAGCUCUCUUAUCCACGAGUAAGGGUCUUAACACAGAGGCUUUAUAUGUUUGUGUGUGUGCAAAUGUGUGAGUGCAUAAAUAGACUAGCCGAGGGUUGAAUAAAUGAUUUUUCUUGCUACCUGCCCUGCACUAUGUUGAAACUGGACAUCUUUUAACUCUCAGAAGAAACACCUACUGCUUCCACCCAGAAACAGAAACAUGCUGCACCAGCUCCAGGCACAGCGGAGAGAGUUAACGCACAGACCACCUUUACUAACAUGUCGUCUUCUAGCCACUGCAUGGCAGCGAUGCAUUUAGCCUCUUCUACCGUACCAUCCUCUGCUUCCCGAUCAUCGGAUACAGGACUCAAACGUGGACUCCGUGUUUGAUGCACAAGGCUCGAAGAUGAUCCGUAACUCAUUUCUCUCAAAAAACCGGUGCCAUUUGUAACAGUCGUCUGUCUGUCCUCAUUCCAGCGAGCGUUUUCUCCAAUGUGCCAUUAAUGAGGGAAGAGGGACCACGCAAAGGCAGAUGUUUAAAUCUCUUCAAAUCUAAAGUAACUCAACAGUAUUGGAGUUUGAUUUGAAGAUGUGGUUUUGUGUUUCAUAUUGAACAUGGUCUCCAGAUGUGUAGAGGUGUUACAGUGUUGAUAUAUCACGUGAAUUUCAUACCUUACCAUACUCAACGGUGCCAUUCAUAGGACUCGUCACGAGCCUCUGUACAAUCCUCAUUUAUAAUUUACAGCUGACGUCCUCUGACUCCCUCUGCUGGUGUUUUCAGGCAGUUACACAGCCGACAGCCAGCUUUUGUGAUUUGACACGUUGUGCCCUUUCCAGCAUGGAACAAGUAUCACCUUAACUAUUUUUGCAGAACUCAAAACCAAGGGAUCAGGUCCUCAAGUGUCACCUUUCAAUUAGGAAUUUGAUUUGGUGUAAUUCUUGGCUUCAGCGGACAUUGCAGAAACUUUAAAUAUGUAUGAGUAGCAAUACUUCAAGUGUUAACACUGAGUUUAAACUCCUCGGAGCUGCAGAUCAGUUUAAAGAGGCACUCCGCAGAUUUUUACAAAAUCAGUUUAGAAGCUGUGAGGAGUACUACUCAGACUGUGAAAAAAAAAAACCCCGGUGAUGUCAUCAGGGUUAUCUCAGCUUGGAAACAGCACACCUUUAAUAUAAAAACCUGCGGGGGCAUGGGGUUUGAAGAAUGUGGGUGUUUACAAGGCUAACAGAAAUACUUUGAGUUGAAUUAUGGGAAGCAUUUUUAGAGCGUGACCCAUACUAGGGACCAAAAGUAAGGAUUUCUCUGCUUCUGCUGCAUCGAUUUUGACUCGAUUUUGAAUCCCCCAACUUUAUAAAAGUGCAAUAAUUAAAAUCACCGGAGCACCUCUUUAAACAGAGCUCCUAUUAGACACUUAUAUCCACUUUGAUUCUAAGGAAUCACGCACACAGCUUUGAAACAGGUUAAAAAAAAUCUAUCACACGUCAGGUAGAACAUUGCGUCUCCUCCCUUGCGACAUGCUGUUCGUUUUUUACCUCGCACAUCUAAUUUGUCUCAAGGCAAUCAGCCUGGUCUCUACAACAGAUCUUAACAUCCGUGGGCGGAGUGUGCAACAGAGCAAGGUGGCAGUUUUCAAAAAAUGCUGAGCAGGCUUUUGUCAUGUGGGCUCUUUAAAAUUUCACAACCCACUGAUGAGGAGAGCUGUUGGCUGCCGUUUUUGUUUUUGGUCUCUGCUUCACAGUCAAACAUGUUAAUGAGGACUUGUGUGGCUGCAUAAUGUAGUAAUGAUGUGCGUGUUCCAAGUCAAUAUGUGAGAACAUUUGUGGAUGUCCAUUUCUUCAUGUUCUUCCAGUACUGCAUAUUAUUAUCUUACACUUGUACUGAUUGUCCACCCGGUUUCAUUGAGGGAAACAGGUUUGUGAGAAAAGUGUAAAACUUUACUGACACAAUAGAGAAAACACAAUGCACUUGUUGAUUUUGAGUUUUAGACAAUCCUGCCUUCGCUAUCAGCUACUCUGUACAUAAUGUUUGUAUAAAACAACGAGAAAAAAAGAGAAAAAAAAGGACCAACAUUUGAUGUUAUAUAAUAUUAAGGUCAUACUCAUGAGUGGAAAAAGUUGAGGUUUACAGGUCUUCAUUCGGUAAGCAUUUUCUCUCCAAAGUUGAAUGAAAGAUAAACAUAGAGAAUUAUAUUAUGUAUAACAGUAGUGUUGAAAUUGCAGUUGUGUAUUAGAUACUUUAUAUUAAAUGUGCAUCAGAGUCAUAUACAGAUGGAAAUUAUUUAAGAAGAGGAUAAAGAUGAUAACUCAGCUAUUUAUUUCUAUAAAAAAAGAGCGAUGUGUAUAAUGUUGGCAUGUUUGUGUUUGAGCAUCAAUCAUUAAGUUGCCUUCUUAACUGUUCUGCUACUGUGGCAAGAAAAUUAUUAGAUGUUAAAGAGCUUUUGAUUGCCUGCAGGUUUUCUCUUUAUUUGACCGAGUCUGUUGUUGCACUAGUGAGAAAAAAAAAGAUAUUUCAGAUGUUUAUUAUAAGAGUGUUGUUUUUAAUGUUCAGCUAUUUCUCAGUAUUUGACAAAAUAUGAUGCACUUUUUUUCCUGAACACUUUUAACGGGCCCGUCGGUCAUCAGUUUAGUCAGAAACAGCACAGGUUUCUGUCAGCGGGAGACGAACUGUUCACUUACAUGUUCGGUUUCAUGGAAAGAAGAUUUGCGGGAAACACAGCGAUCAUAUAUGAACUUCUAUAAGUGAACAGUUUGCCUCUUUUCUCUUACACCAUCUUUCAUGUCUCAUAGGUUGGGAAGUUAAUGACUGAACCUGAUUCAACUACAUUCAAGUGCUUUUUAGGUUCAUUGCCAAUAUGACCUUAUGCUCUCCUUUUGUAUCUGUCUUACAGUAACAUAACCUUUGUUUUAUGUUUGCAUUAUACUGUAGAUUUCAUGCUCAUACCAACAGUACUUUUGCUUUAUUGUGAUAAUGGACCUGCUGAAGAUGUUACAGAGUCUAUACGCUCUGAAACUGCAGAUUAGAGGUGCCAAGUAUGCCAGAAUAAUUUUGGCUUACAUCUCCAUUCUCUGCCUCUCCAAAUGUCAACCAGAAUCAUUUCUAAUUUAUUUUACGGAUUCAGAACCUGAAGCAUCGCGUAUAAACCAAGGUGCUUCCUCAUUCAUGUUUACUUCCUUAUUUAAUUUUUUUUAAAAUCAAGUUUUAUUUCUCCUUUACUGCAUUUGUCAUACUGUGCAGUUGGAAAAACAGUGUCUGAGUGUUCAUGUACCUCUCUGUACAUAUUUUAUGUAUGAAUGAUUGUACUCUGCCCAUUCAUCUGAAUAGUAUUUUACAUAUUACCUCAACACUUAUCUGGGCAAUUAAGUGUGCAGUUUGUUUUAUUUUUUUUUUGACUACCAUCGACAGGUAUGCCAUUUGAUCCACAAACAUCGUCCUUGUUGCUACAACGACAAAAACAGAUUUUGUUGCUGAAAAAAAAACGUUCCCAAAAAAUGAUCAGCCUUCUACGAUGACUGCAAUAGAUGGAAAUGUUUUACUACUCAUUUUCACUCAUGUGUUGUCAUCAAUAAAACUGCUUUAAAUUGUAUUUGCUACUGCUUUCAGCUACUUCUUAAAAUCAUUUCAUUUUUAAUUUCAAGAGCUCUAGCUUUUGAUUACGGGUUCAGUUUCUCAAGCUGA